GGAUCUGCGUCCCUUCGGUUUGGGGGAGGUGAGGCUGGCAGCUGCGACAGUGGAGGACGAGGGGAGGGCCACUGGGGACUGGAGAGACGCUGCGGAGCAAGGAGACCGGUUGAGCUUCAUGGAGGACUCAGGGGAGCAACCGGGCCCACAACCACCGCAUCCUGGGGACCACCGCAUCCGCGACGGCGACUACGUGGUGCUAAAACGGGAAGAUGUGUUCAAAGCAGUGCAAGUUCAGCGGAGAAAAAAAGUAACUUUUGAAAAACAGUGGUUCUAUCUGGAUAACGUCAUUGGCCAUAGUUAUGGAACCACAUUUGAAGUGACCAACGGAGGAAGUCUUCAGCCUAAGAAGAAGAAGGAAGAGCCUACUUCAGAGACCAAAGAAGCGGGCACUGAUAAUCGAAAUAUAAUUGAUGAUGGGAAAUCUCAGAAACUUACUCAAGAUGACAUAAAAGCUUUAAAGGACAAGGGCAUUAAAGGAGAGGAAAUAGUUCAGCAGUUAAUUGAAAAUAGUACAACAUUCCGAGACAAGACAGAAUUUGCUCAAGAUAAAUAUAUAAAAAAGAAGAAAAAGAAAUAUGAAGCCAUCAUUACUGUUGUGAAGCCAUCCACCCGCAUUCUUUCAGUUAUGUAUUAUGCCAGAGAACCUGGAAAAAUUAACCACAUGAGAUAUGAUACACUGGCCCAGAUGUUGACGUUGGGAAAUAUCCGUGCUGGCAAUAAAAUGAUUGUAAUGGAAACAUGCGCAGGCUUGGUGCUGGGUGCCAUGAUGGAACGAAUGGGAGGUUUUGGCUCCAUUAUUCAGCUGUACCCUGGAGGUGGACCUGUUCGGGCAGCAACAGCAUGUUUUGGAUUUCCCGAAUCUUUCCUCAGUGGUCUCUAUGAAUUCCCCCUCAACAAAGUGGACAGUCUCCUAAAUGGAACAUUUUCUGCCGAGAUGUUAUCUUCAGAGCCAAAAGACAGUGCUUCGGUUGAAGAAAGUAAUGGCACGCUGGAGGAAAAACAGGCUUCAGAACAAGAGAAUGAGGACAGCAUGGCAGAGGCCUCAGAGAGCAAUCCCCCAGAAGAACAAGAAACAAUGGAGAUUGUCUCUCAAGAUCCAGAAUAUAAGGAGCCUAAAGAGAGAGGAAGCAGAAAGGAUUAUAUUCAGGAGAAGCAGAAGAGACAAGAAGAGCAAAGGAAAAGACAGUUAGAGGCUGCUGCUCUGCUGAGUGAAAGAAACGCAGAUGGUUUAAUUGUAGCUAGUCGUUUCCAUCCCACUCCAUUGCUGCUGUCUUUGCUGGACUUCGUGGCCCCUUCAAGGCCAUUUGUGGCCUACUGUCAGUAUAAAGAGCCCCUGUUGGAAUGCUACACGAAACUGCGGGAAAGAGGAGGGGUCAUCAACCUCAGGCUGUCUGAAACCUGGCUCAGAAAUUACCAGGUUUUGCCAGAUCGAAGUCAUCCCAAACUACUGAUGAGCGGAGGUGGGGGGUACCUUCUCUCAGGCUUCACCGUUGCUAUGGACAACCUUAGAGCAGACCCCAGCCUCAAAUCCAAUGCCAGCACUUUAGAAUUACACAAGACUGAAGAGCCAGCAGCUAAAAAACGGAAAUGCCCAGAGUCUGACUCUUAACCUUUCAAAAAUUGCUUUGUUUUUGUUCUCAGGCAUUAUACAGUUAGUAAUUAACUUUAAAUGCCAUUACUAAUUGUUUUUUUAUACCCUAAGAAUAAGAAUGUGUCUAUACACCUGUUCCUGGGGAAGACAAAUUAGCUUUUUGUCCAACUCUGAUACAUGUGGGUUUGGUCUGUCAAAACCGUGAGCCAAAAUACCCAAGCCUGGGGUAAGCAGCGGACUGGUAUAUGGCCAAUUCUGUUUAUUUUACAAAAAUCCUCUUAAGUACUUUUAGUAUUCUGUGCAAGUAUCUUGAGAAUUUAGACAUCCUAAAAAUAUGUUUAUACAAGACUUUGUUGUAUGUUAAGCUAAGCAGAAUAACAGCAUAGCUAAAACUUGGUGAGUACUGAAAGGACGGAGUCUGUGGAAGAAAUUUCCUCUGUUCAUUCUGCUCUCUUCAGCCUAAGCAAUAUGGAUGUGUGAGUGUGUGAGAUUUACAGCACCAAAAAUGUCCACCCUGUUCCCUACAAUGGAAUAAAAUUUUUAAAAAUGCUAGAUUUUAUUAUUUUAGUAGUUGACAACCUAGGAAAGUUUUGCGUAUUUAUUUUAUUGCUUUUUUGUUGACAGAAAAGUGUAGUAGGGUACUGUUUUUACGUUAAUUUGCCAGUCCCCUCAUUCUUUGUUCCAAAUAAAGUGACUAGAAUUUUUGUGUACUAUUCAAUUAAAGGAAACAGAAAUGUUUUUUUCACUCCCCAGAGACUUACGGAGAUAUAUAUAUAUAUAUAUAUAUACACACACACACAUGCACACAUACACACAUAUAUGUAUAGGGAUGUUGGUAUAUACACAUACAUAUAAAUAUGUAUACACACACAUACACAUGGAGACAGAAAGAGAGAAUGCACUACUUAUAUGAACUAUGACAAAGUUUAGUGCAGGGCUUAGACCAGUUUUCAUUGCAUUAGUGUCACUCCUUGUCAAAUGUAUUUUAAAGUGCCUUUUUUGCUGAUUAUUAAUGUUGAGCUCUGGCAUGAUUAGGUGAUUAACCUUUUUAAGCUCUGAAAAAAUAUAGUCAAACUAUUUGGUCAUCUGCUGCAGCCAAGAAAAGUGUUUGGAGUAAGCCAACGCUCUUGUCCAUUUGAGAAUCUGAGUCUUGCUCACGAAAUAUGCUCAUCAUGUGUAUUGUUCACGUCAUUAUGGAAUAGAUGUGGAUCAUCCAGUGAGGAGCAUCUCAGAAAAAAAGAAAUUGCUUUUUCCUAAUAGCAUGUACUAUUCUGAUAAUGGCCAGUGUGAUCACCAAGUACAGUUUUGAUUCCUUUUUCAUAAAAUAAUUGCUUUUAAAGAAUAAAAGUGUUUCCUACUAUGA